UACAAACAAGUGGAGCAGUAUAUGUCCUUCCACAAGCUGCCGGCUGACUUCCGACAGAAAAUCCAUGACUAUUACGAGCACCGGUACCAGGGGAAGAUGUUUGAUGAAGAGAGCAUCCUGGAAGAGCUGAAUGAACCACUCAGAGAGGUAAUUCCCUGCCUAGACAUGCACACCAUGAACACACACACAGUUCACGCGCACACACACACACACACACACACACACACACACACACACACACACACACACACACACACACACACAAACAUUACUAACAAACUAUGUCUAUCCAAUAUUCAGGAAAUUGUCAAUUUCAACUGUCGUAAGCUGGUGGCAUCCAUGCCACUGUUCGCCAACGCAGAGCCCAACUUUGUGACGGCCAUGUUGAUCAUGCUACGCUUCGAGGUCUUCCAGCCCCGUGAUUACAUUAUCAGAGAGGGCACCAUCGGCAAGAAGAUGUACUUUAUCCAGCACGGAGUCUGUAACGUCAUCACUAAGGGAACCCUGGGAAUGAAGCUCUCUGAUGGCUCCUACUUUGGAGGUAUGGGCCUGAACCACAAUACACACAGAGUUCAAUUUAAUUCAUAUUUAGACAUAAUGAGAUCACUGGAGACAGUGCUUUCUGUGUUUUGCUUUACAUCUUUGUACUCUAUGUCCAUGUUCUCAAAUUAUGAAGUGCUUUGUGUGUUCGGGUAUUCCUGUGUCCCUCGGCUCUCAAAACUAGCAUAACCAGUACUUUAUUGUAAGUGUAAGACAAUCCCAGAUGACUGGUAGCUGAACAGAUACUGUGUGGUUUCUACAGUAUAUUUUAAACAUAAUUAAAUAGAACAUUAUUAUAUUGUAUCUCUGCGACAUUUUGAUCUAUCUCUGUUUCCUGACCCUGUUUCCCUUUUCCAGAGAUCUGUUUGCUGACACGUGGCCGGCGGACUGCCAGUGUCAGAGCGGAGACGUACUGUCGUCUCUACUCCCUGUCUGUGGAUAACUUCAAUGAGGUUCUGGAGGAGUACCCCAUGAUGAGACGGGCCUUCGAGACCGUGGCCAUCGACCGACUGGACCGCAUAGGUACUGAAGCAAGCUCUGGGCCCUGUACCAAUGCACCUUGCUUGUACCUUCUGUGCGCCCUUCCUCAAAGUAAUCACUGGUCUGACAGUACUGUAUCUGUGAAAGCUGUGGAAGCCUUGCUUUCAUCCAUCCAGGUGUUAGAUCAAUGAUAACCAAGGGAGGAAGGAAGAAUGCAUUUUAAAGUAGUCAAAUAUGACCCUCGUUUUACUGCUUCUCUCCCUUGAAAGAGAGUAAUAAGCUACCUGUGUGAUAGUCGUUUUCGUGCUAGUGGUACCCAGGUGGUUCCACAGAUAAAGGUUAUUAUAGUUUUGUGAUUGUAUAUUAGUUUUUAAUUGUAUUCAUUUUUUUAAAUUGUUCGUUUUUGUUUUUGUUCAUUUUCAGACCUGAUCUGCUAGUUUUUAUUUAGUUUUAGUUGUAUCAAAAUAUUUAUAUUUUGUUUUUAAAUUAUUCCAUUUCAGUUUAAGUUUUAGUGUUCGGGACAGAAAGCAUGCGUGUGAGGCAUGGAGACAUUUGUGUUGGAUGGUUUUUUGGUGUUUUUUAGGAUGUUACUUCUUGCCACUGGGGGGCAGUAAUACAUAAGGUGAUGGGUCAGGUUCUAGGUUUGAUUAGGUUUAAAUUAUAAAGUCACUUUCAUUGUGACUUGAAUUUAAAAGGAAUAGUGCUGAGACUGCUGCAAAAACAAUAUGGUGGAAGGAAACUCUCUUUCACCAUAUUUACACCAAUCCAAUGCUUUUUAACUUUAGUAGUACAUGUAAGAAGAAUCAAGUUAGCUACCUAGCCACAUUUUUCCCUGUUAGCUAGUGAUAGCUAGUGAUUGUGAUGCACAAGCCAAAAAAGUAUAAUUUUUUUGUUACAAAUUUCAUGAUGUUUUAUUUUAUUUUAUUUAAGUUCGUUUUCAAGUCAAAGAUAAUAGUUUCAGUAUAGUUUUAAUUUUUCAAACGGGUUUGUAAAUUAUUUUAUUUCAGUUUACUAAAUCGUUUUUUCAAGAUUAGUUGUAUUUUUAGUUUCAGUUUUAGUUUAUUAUAAUAACCUUGCCACAUAUGCUGCAGACACACCAGUGUUCCAACCAAUCGAGACUUGCGACAGAUUUAUUAAGUGGAUGCACCUGUUAUUUUCACAAGGGAGAAGAGGACAAAAACAAGGCUUGAAAUAUGACAGUUGUUUUAUUGAUACUUCAUCUUCAUAUUGGAUCCUAAUAUUACGUAUUGAUAUAAAUGUUUUUUUAUUUUACCUUAUGUUAUAUAUUUUUAUGUUUUACUCCCUCUUAGAAAUAGCAGAUGCAAACUUAUCUAUGAAAAAGAUCUCUAGCCCAGGCAGUCAGUUGAGUAAUACUGUUGCCUCAGCAUGCUAUAGGACAGUGUUAAUUGAUAAAGUGACACUAUGACCCUCUUGUUCUCAGUAUUUUCCUUGAGCAUUGCUUCUUGCCCAAAAAUAUACCUAGUUUGAAGGUCAGAACAUACCGUCUGUGAUCCUCCUCCCUUAUCUCUUAAUUUGUUCUUCCUACUUCUCCUCCUCCCUUGUCCUCCUCUUCCUUCUACCUCAUCAUUUUCUACUCUUCUCCUCCUCUUCACUUCAUCACAGGCAAGAAGAACUCCAUUCUGAUGCACAAAGUGCAGCACGACCUCAACUCUGGCGUCUUCAACAACCAUGAGAAUGAGAUGAUCCAGGAGAUCGUCAAGUACGACCGUGAGAUGGUCAAACUGGUGGACCUCCAGAGACCCCGCACCAUGUCCAUGACUUCCUCUGUCCCCGGGAGCAUGUUCUCCCCCGCAGGGCCUUCCGGGGCUGGGGCCCUCGCCAGCCUCCAGCAGGCUGUGGCCAUGAGCUUCUGCCCCCAGGGGAUGGGGCCGAUGGGGGGAAUGGGGAUGCCGGGGAUGGGGCUGAUGGGUAUGCCGAUGGGUAUGCCGAUGGGUAUGGGUAUGGGGACUGGGCCGAUGGGGCCAGGUCCGAUGGGAACGGGGAUGGCGUCUGGUUCGGGGUCAGGGACGCUGCAGUCCCCACGCAUGUUGCGGAGGUUCCAGGUGGUCCAUAGCCUGUCCCAGAGCCCAGUCUCUGCAUCCCCUCUCCAGUCCCAGCCACCCCAGAUGGCUCAUGCAACAGGGGCGUUUGGGUCAGCUAUCUCCAGCCCACCAGUCCAGAGCCCUCUGGCGCACCCGGGACGGACAUUCCAGUACAUGGGAGGCGUGGGGCCCUCUGGGUCUCAGUUGUCCCUGGUGCAGCACCACGUUCCCAGCCCCACGCACACCAUCCAGAGGCCCUCCUCGUACAAGAGCACCCACUCCCUCCACUCGGGCACCCUGAGCCAAGACGCCCGUGCCCUGUCCUCCUCCCAGCUCUCCCUCCCUCAGGAAGGAACCCCUGCCGCCACCCCCAGCCCUCCCCAAUCAACCCACCCAUCCACCCACGCCUCCUCCACCUCCAUCGGCCCCCCUCAGCCCACUCACCCUAGCCAGCCGGGGCCCUCCGGGGUGGGGGUCCAGGUUGGGGGAAGACCUGCGGGAGCUCCACAACGUGUGGCCUUCGCCUCUACUCCUCCCCCAGGAGGAGCACCUGGGAUGGGGGCGGCUGUGGCGGCAACUGGGUCGGGGCUCCUGGACUCUGGGGUCACCAACAAGGAUUAG